UUGCUUUAAUUAUUUUUACUGUGGACAGUCAACGUUCCGUCGUGGGAAGAAACGGUCGCUAGUUAUAUGUGCAUAUAAUCGCUUAUUAUAUCUGUGUUAAUUUCAAGAAAAUAGUAAUAAUAACAGAAUACAAUAAUGAAUAGCGGCUCUUUGGAAGAUUCCUUACUGAUGGGUACUGCGGGGACGCGUGAGAAAUUGGAAAAAUGGUCCACGGCGCAAGCUAAGGGGGAGAAGGUCGAGAUUGACUUGUAUGGAAAACCCACAGACCAACAGAUAAAGGAGUUGGAGAAUGUCAGAAACAUUAGCAAGGAGUUACAAAACAAUUUACAAGAAUUGGAAAAUUCAGUUCGCAACGCUGCCUUGGACAAUGAAGCGAUGAAUCCUAGCGCUCCGAUCCUAAACUAUUCCGAGGAUCAUGAGUUUGUUUCCGCAAACAAACUGGAUGAUUACUACGCAGAGGAAGACAGAGCGGAUGCGCUAGAAGAAGAGAAGAGGAAACUGACAAAGGGUAAAGCGGCGAUGACCGAUAUACAAAGCUUUUAUAAAGAUCAGUGUGUGUUUUUGACUGGUGGUACUGGAUUUUUGGGUAAAGUUUUAAUAGAAAAAUUGCUACGUUCAUGUAAAGAUGUAGACACAAUUUAUGUAUUGAUUAGAGCGAAAAAGGGCAAAGAUGCUGUAACCCGUCUGCAUACGCUUCUCGACGAUUUUCUAUUUCAUCGUGCUCAUGAAGAAAAUCCGAAAGGUAUACAUAAAUUGGUUCCAGUCAUCGGAGACAUGGAAUUACCUGGUCUUGGAAUUUCUGAUGAAGAUAGGAAGAUGCUUACUUCCAGGGUUUCUAUAAUAAUAAAUGCGGCGGCCACCGUAAAGUUUGACGAAAAACUGUCUGUAUCCACCGGUAUCAACGUCAAAGGAACUAAAGAGGUGCUCAAACUUGGAAAAGAAUGUCGGAAUCUAAUGGCGAUUACACACGUGUCUACUGCUUUCUCCAACACAUACCUCAAACAUAUAGAGGAAAAGUUCUACGACCCCCCAAUGACGGUGGAGGCGUUAGAAGCGGUCUCUCAAUUGGACGAAGGAUUAAUUGAAAAAAUUUUACCCACACUUCUAGGCAAAUACCCGAAUACGUAUUGUUUUACGAAGGCAGUAGCUGAGGAAGCGGUACGAAAAUACGGCGAGGGAAUGCCGAUAUGCAUUGUCCGACCGUCUAUAAUUAUAUCAACUUAUGAAGAACCGGUGCGUGGGUGGACAGAUAGCAUUUAUGGACCGACGGGUAUUAUAAUUGGCAUAGGUACUGGGGUCCUACGUACAAUGUAUAUGGACAUGAACAAAGUAGCAGAUAUGGUACCCGUUGAUAUGACAGUCAACGCAAUACUAGCAUCUGCUUGCAACACGGCUAAACAUUUUAAAGAAAAUCAAACUUCCGACAUACCGAUUUAUAAUUACGUAUCAGGAGCGCAGAAUCCAAUAAGAUGGAAGAGUUUUAUUGAAAUGAAUCGGAAAUAUGGGAUGGACAAACCGACUAUGCAAGCUGUUUGGUACUACGGAUUGAAUCUUACAAGUAACUACUACAUGUUUCUGUUCUACAAUUUCUUCUUGCAUUAUCUCCCGGCGCUGUUUCUGGACUUCUAUAGUUUACUGACAUUUCGGCGGAGAGUAAUGUUAAAAUUGUACAAGAGAGUGAUGAAGAUGGCCAACAUAUUGUUCUACUUCUCGAUGCAAGAUUGGCGCUUCAGUGACGACAACGUACGAAACAUGUGGCGCUCCCUCUCCCCAUCUGAUAGAGUCGUUUUCCCCUUCAGCAUGGGGGAUAUGUCCUGGGAUUAUAUGACUGAGACAUUUUUACUAGGACUUCGAGUUUAUCUAGUAAAAGACGACGUCUCAACUUUACCUGAAGCAAGGAAAAAGUGGAACAGAUUAUACUACAUGCACCAGCUUCUGAAACUGGGGACACUAUGCCUUGUUCUUUAUUUAGGAUAUUUAUUAGUACGAAUUUUCUUUUAGGUUAUUAAAAUAAACAUCGUGGUUCUGUAUUUAGUUAUUUAGUCAAAAUCAUAGACUUAUACAUCAAGACGGAGCAGAAGUGAGGCGUAUUGGAGGGCUUAAUCGAGACAUUUUAAAACAUUAAUUAAUAAUUAUACAACAUAAUAUUGUUUUGAUAAAUAUGUACCGGGUU